AUGGCUAAGCCAAAUUCAGCUGAUAGUAGGACCAGAAGCUCUGUACAGAUCUUCAUAGUAGUUGGUCUAUGCUGUUUCUUCUACAUAUUGGGCGCGUGGCAGAGAAGCGGUUUCGGAAAGGGAGAUAGUUUAGCAUUGGAGAUUACUAAGAAAGGUGCUGACUGUGAUAUAGUUUCGAAUUUAAGUUUUGACACUCACCAUGGUGGAGAAGUUAGCAAAAUUGAUAAUGUUGAUUCAAAACCUAAGGUAUUUAAACCUUGCAAUGUCCGAUAUACUGAUUACACGCCCUGCCAAGAUCAACGGCAUGCCAUGACCUUUUCUAGAGAAAACAUGAUUUAUCGAGAGAGGCACUGCCCGCUGGAGGAAGAUAAGUUACACUGUUUGAUCCCAGCACCGAAAGGGUAUGUAACGCCGUUUUCAUGGCCAAAGAGCCGUGAUUAUGUUCCGUAUGCAAAUGCUCCCUACAAGAGUCUUACAGUUGAGAAGGCCAUUCAGAACUGGAUCCAGUAUGAGGGAAAUGUGUUUCGGUUCCCUGGUGGUGGAACCCAAUUCCCUCAAGGGGCUGACAAAUAUAUUGAUCAAAUUGCUUCCGUGAUACCUAUAAAGAAUGGUACCAUCAGGACAGCGCUGGACACUGGUUGUGGGGUGGCAAGUUGGGGUGCAUAUCUUUGGAGCAGAAAUGUUAUUGCCAUGUCAUUCGCACCGAGGGACUCUCACGAAGCACAAGUACAAUUUGCCCUUGAGAGGGGUGUACCUGCUGUCAUCGGUGUCCUAGGAACCAUAAAAUUGCCUUAUCCAUCUGCAGCCUUUGACAUGGCGCAUUGUUCUCGUUGCUUAAUUCCUUGGGGAUCAAAUGGUGGAAUUUAUAUGAUGGAAGUUGACCGAGUUCUAAGACCUGGUGGUUAUUGGGUGCUUUCGGGGCCUCCAAUCAAUUGGAAGGUUAAUUACAAAGCCUGGCAAAGACCUAAGGAGGAUCUUGAGGAAGAACAGAGAAAGAUUGAAGAGGUUGCUAAGCUCCUUUGCUGGGAGAAGAAGUCUGAGAAGCAUGAAAUUGCCGUCUGGCAAAAAACUGUUGACUCUGAAACAUGUCGAAGUAGGCAAGAAGAUUCUGGUGUAACAUUCUGUGAAUCAACAGAUGCUGAUGAUGUUUGGUACAAGAGAAUGGAAGCCUGUGUUACUCCCAAUCGUAAAGUCUACGGUGAUCUUAAGCCUUUUCCGCAGAGACUAUAUGCUGUCCCUCCUAAAAUUGCCAGUGGCUCUGUUCCUGGAGUUUCAGCUGAGACAUACCAGGACGAUAACAAAAAGUGGAAAAAACAUGUAAAUGCUUACAAGAGAAUAAAUAAACUCCUGGAUUCUGGAAGGUAUCGCAAUAUCAUGGAUAUGAAUGCUGGUUUGGGUAGUUUUGCUGCUGCUAUUCAAUCUCCUAAGUUGUGGGUCAUGAAUGUCGUGCCUACCAUAGCCGAGAAAAAUACACUGGGUGUCAUAUAUCAGCGAGGACUUAUAGGAAUUUAUCAUGAUUGGUGUGAAGGUUUCUCCACAUAUCCGAGGACAUACGACCUCAUUCAUAGCCACGGUCUCUUUAGUCUGUACGAGGACAAAUGUAACAUAGAAGACAUUCUUCUUGAGAUGGACCGGAUUUUACGACCAGAAGGUGCAGUCAUAUUCCGCGACGAAGUCGAUAUCUUAAUCAAGGUAAAGAAAAUUGUUGGAGGAAUGAGAUGGGAUACUAAAAUGGUUGACCACGAGGAUGGUCCACUUGUUCCUGAAAAGAUACUAAUUGCUGUCAAGCAGUAUUGGGUUGCUGAUACAAAUGCCACAUCAACAUAACAACCACUCAAAGACAAAUUGGAUGGCUUGGCCUUAGGUUGCUAGUGCUAUUCUCAAUACAAUCCUCCUUAUAGAGUUUAUAUGAUUGUCAUAUAAGCAUUUUGGCUAGAUUUUCAUCACACCUGUGGCACAGGGAGGGCUGUUCUACGUAGCACCAACAUUUUCAGAUUGAAAUUGUGUUCGGUAUUUGACACUGACACAUGUAGUUCUAUUAAAUCUUUCAUUUCCACAAAUUAUUACGAUGUCUACUACAUGUCAUUGUCAUGUUUGUGUCAGUGCUUGAUAGGGGCUGGUCAGUUAUGCUCAGUUGUCCCUUAGCUCGAGGUUUCUGGUAUUAGACAUUUUUUUCUCUUAGAAUUUAGUUAUUAUCUUGUUAUAGGAUGUUACAUUCAAAAGCCAAGCAAACACAGGCCUUAUAUUCAAUAGUUGUUUCAUAUUUUUUCUCAAUUUUAAGUUGAAGAGUCUACACUGGACCCUGUAUUGAGUGAUAAUUUGUCCACGUUUUGUAAUCUUGCAAUUGUGUAUGGUUAUAUCUUCCUGGUUAGAAUUUCUUCAUUGCUUGCAAGUCA